UCGUUUUUUAGCAUUAUGUUAUUUCCCCCAUUUUUUUCAAAAAACAAACUAAAAAAUGUCGGAUAGACAAGAACGAAACGAAAGAUGGAGCGAUAAAAAGAUCGAACUUUUAAUCAAAACAGUAAGAAAAUUUCACGUUUUGUACAUGGUAAAAAGCCGUGGAUACAGAGACAAAACACAAAAAAAAUAUGCAUGGCAAUGUGUGGCAAACGAAGUUGAACUACCAGUUUCAUCAUGUCAAGCGAAAUGGAAAGGAUUAAGAGAUACUUUUUCAGAAAAUGUAAGAAAUCAGAAUUUACCUUCUGGUUCUGGAACAGGAAAAGAAAUAAGAUGGAAAUGGUUUAGAAGCAUGGAUUUCAUCAGGGAAACCAUAUUGCACAGAGCCACUUCAAGCAACCUCAGUUGCAACCAAAGCAGUGAAAAACUUCAUGAAAUUGAUGAGGAAGAUAUUGUUACGAGUGAUUCAAAUGAAAUUGAGCAACACAGCAUUGGAACACUAACAUCAACUCCAACUACAAAGAAAAACAAGAGAGGGUUGGAGUUAAGUCCAGUUGGAAGAAAAAAAUUAAAGCACUCCCCCAUAAAAAGAAAAACUUUUGUGGAUCGAAAAAUUGACCUAGAAAUAUUAAAAAUUUUUAAAGCAGAUGAAAAGAAUGGAAAUGCCUGUGGAAACCAAGGCAAUUCAGUAGAGGAUGAUUGUGUGGCAUAUGGUAAAUAUGUUGGAGUCACAUUAAGCAAGUUUGAUAAUUAUCACAAAUCAUUAGCCAAAAUGAAGAUAGCACAAGUUUUGUUUGAGGUGGAAUCCAGUUUGACAAAUUUUUCACAAGUCCUUGACCAAAAAGACAAAGAAUAA